AACGGAAACCCACCAAGAGGAUAAGGACAUUCAAGUAAUUUCAUCCAAAAGAAACAGAAUAUAAGAAGCACCAAGCAACCCAUCUCUGCCACAUAACACAAAACCCAUGCUUUCCAUUUCCAGCUGUGAAGAAAAGCACUUUGCCUCCCUCCACAUGGCCCGUCCUAAACCUAACCACCGUUAAACCCAACCAAAACCCCCUUAACCGUAGUUAACUCCCCAAAACCCAUCUCUUUUAACUCAUAAAACUCUCUCUCUCUCUCUCUCUCUCCCUCUCACCCACUCACUCAAAACCAAAAAUGGCCUCACUGAGCAGAGCUCUCUUCCUCCUCUCUCUCUUGGCCCUCACCGCCACAAUCUCAUCAGCCCACAACAUUACUGAAAUUCUCUCCGCCUUCCCAGACUACAGCCAAUAUAACAGCUUCUUGACCCAAACAAAGCUAGCUGACGAGAUCAACACCCGCCAAACAAUCACUAUCCUUGUCCUGAACAACGCCGCCAUCUCCGCCCUCGCAGCCAAACAUCCCCUCUCCGUCGUCAAGAAUGCCCUCAGCCUACACGUCCUCCUGGACUACUACGACCCCACGAAGCUCCACCAAAUCUCCAAGGGCUCCACCCUCAGCACCACCCUCUACCAGACCACCGGCCACGCCCCGGGAAAUCUCGGCUUCGUCAACAUCACCGACCUCCAAGGCGGCAAGGUUGGCUUCGGCUCCGCGGCUCCCGGCUCCAAGCUGGACUCCAGCUACACCAAAUCUGUCAAGCAGAUUCCGUACAACAUCUCAAUUUUGGAAAUCAACGCUCCGAUCAUCGCUCCGGGGAUCUUGACGGCGCCGGCUCCUUCCGCCUCCGACGUCAACAUAACGGCGCUGCUCGAGAAAGCCGGCGCCAAGACGUUUGCGUCACUGAUCAUAUCGAGCGGCGUCAUCAAGACGUACCAAUCGGCGGCCGAGAAAGGCUUGACGAUCUUCGCUCCCAACGACGAGGCGUUUAAGGCGAAGGGCGUGCCGGAUCUGAGCAAGCUCACCAAUGCGGAGGUGGUCUCCAUCUUACAGUUUCAUGCCGUUGCUGGUUACACUCCGAUCGGCACAUUGAAGACCUCCAAGUCUCCGAUUAGCACUCUGGCGACGAACGGAGCCGGGAAGUUCGAUCUGACCACGACGACAGCCGGCGACCAGGUCACGCUUCACACCGGAGUCGACUCGUCCCGAGUGGCCGACACGGUUCUCGACGCGACUCCCCUCGCCAUCUUCACCAUCGACAAUGUGCUUCUUCCACUCGAGCUGUUCGGAAAAUCUCCCUCGCCGGCUCCGGGGCUAGAGCCAUCCGCCGCCCCUUCGCCGGCGCCAGUACUCGCUCCGACUCCCUCAACCGUUGAAGCGCCAUCGCCUUUGGCCGCUUCACCGCCUGCACCGCCAUUGGAGACGCCGGAGGGAGCGCCGUCUGAAGCUCCGUCUGCUGAGUCGGAGAACAGUACAUCGGGUAACGGAGCUGGUCACGUGGCCUCACCUGCAUUGAUGAUGACUGUACUGGUCACUGUCUGUGCCACUGUUAUUUCCUCCGUUGUCUUGUCCUGAACGGUAUUUUCACGUGUCUGUUAAUUUAUUUUGUUUUAUCUUUUUUUAUUUUUUUAUUUUAUUUUUAACUUUUUAAUUAUUUUGUUACUUUGUAGUGGUUUGAGGUUUUAUUGUUAUUAUUUUACUCCGUUGUUACCGGUUAGAGACCAUAGAGGCUUUUUAUUUGUUAAUUUUGUUUUUAUUUAUUGAUAUUUUUAAUUUAUGGGUAUCUGCGCAUUUUAGCAGUUGUGCUGGGAGAA